UGUAUAUUAUAUACAAACGGAUGGAACACAUUUCCGUUUCUGACUAUAGUUCAUUGUGUAUAGUGAGUAUGAUAUGUAUUUAUGCGCUCUUAUAAAAUAAGUUGUUUGGCUGGAUUGCAGUAGGUACCUACUAAUCGAAGUCUGAUACAAAAAAGAUUUAACCGUCAAUAUGGUUCAGUUCAAGGAUCUUGUUAUUCGGACAUUGGUAUUAUUUAUAUUGUUUGAGUGUUCUUUGUCGUUAGAAGAAAAACCAAGAAAGACUAAGAAAUGGAUGAAGAAUAAAAUUGAAAGUUUGCCAAAAAAUCUUAUGGAAAAUGUUUUGGUUAAAUCUUUGGAAGGCAAAAAAAAUACUGAUGAUGAACCAUCUCAGAUGAAUGUACUUCAACUUUCAGAAAUGACCAAUCAACAAAGUCCUUGUCAAAAAAAGCACUGUGGUGCUGGACGUGUAUGCAAGUUGACUGAAAAUGGUGAAGCGGAAUGCGUUUGUAUUUCAGAUUGUCCUGUUGAAACAGAAGAUAGAAGAAAAGUUUGUUCAAACUAUAAUCAAACAUGGGGUUCUGAUUGUGAAAUUCACAGAAUGCGUUGCAACUGUGAAGAAAAAUCAAAAAAAUGCAGUAAUCCAGAAUAUAGUCACCUACAUGUGGAAUAUUACGGGGCUUGUAAACAAUUGUCAGCAUGUUCAGACUCAGAAAUGGCAGAUUUCCCAAGGAGAAUGAGGGAAUGGCUUUUUCACAUAAUGCAAGAUUUGGCAGAUAGAGAAGAAUUAAGCCCCCAUUUUAAAAAUAAGAUGAAUGGUGCAGAAACUAAUAUGACAAAACUUUGGAGUAAUGCUGCUGUUUGGAAGUGGUGCGAUUUGGAUGGUUAUCCACAUGAUAGAGCGGUAUCAAGACACGAAUUGUUUCCAAUUAGAGCACCACUUAUGUAUUUAGAACAUUGUAUUGCUCCAUUUUUAAACAAAUGUGAUGCUAAUUCAGAUCACAUGGUCACACUUGAAGAAUGGGGAAAUUGUUUGGAAAUACCUAAGGAAACAUUAGAGGACGAAUGUGAUGACUUACGCCAAGAACUAAAUUAAUAAAAACGUUUAUUUGAAAAUAUUUUGGUUUAUUAAUCAUUAUGAAACAUAGUAUGAAUUUUGUUUGUGAAUUAUAUUAUCUUUUAUACUAUCUACAAUAGUACGCGCAUUAUGUAAUUAAAUUAUAUAAAUGUAUUGAAAAUUUAACAAUAUUUUAUAUUAUAUCUGUACAAGAAGAAAAA